AUGGCUUUGAGGGCAACUAACUACUGGAGAUCAAUGCUUGCUCGGUUGGGAUCAGACCGACCAUUUGUAACCUCAACUGCUCCCAAACUGAAAACUUUUACGGCCACUUUUGAUGCUGCCCAUUCUGCACAAUCUAACUUCAGGGCACUAGCAAUGAAGGGAGAGUUUGCUCCGAUUUAUAUGGUGAUGGGAAUGGUGGUGGUGGCUGUGACGAUCGCUACGCACACCGCGAAGCAGCAACUCUUGCAUUCUCCCGCUGUCAACAUAAACAAGAAGAAAAGAGAGACCAUGCCUGAGGUGGAUGACCCUGAUGGUGUAAUUAGCUCUGCGGACAAGUUUGUGAACAAAUCUUUUCUUAGGAAGGUGGCUCACAUCCAGGACCACAACCCUACCCUACGCGACCCCGUCCGACCCAACCCUUUUACUCGGCCUCGAAAUGCAGAGACACUUAAAACUGUUGGAGUGGAUCCAAGUCGCCAUAUUUAAUUGACGAAUUUCAUGUCACUAAACAAUCUGAUUCGUGUCUAUCAGAUGUCCUCAAAUGAUAAUAUUAUUAUCAUACUGUACAUAUUAAUUCAAAAACAUUAGACACAAAAAAAAUCUAAAUAAAUCCCUUCAGCCCUCUCUCACUCUAAUCCACAAUAUUCUAGAGUGAAAUCAAAGCAGAGAGGCUCUGUUUUUUCCCCUGUUUCUUGGUUUCCCAUAUUAAUUUGAAUAAAAAUAGAGAGACACUUGCUUUUUUCUUUUGUUCUAAUAUACUUGUCAAUUGUUGAACCUCGUCCAUUAGUAGUGAG